UCCAGCCCCUGCCGGGCGCUGCUGCCCGCGCCGGCUCCGGGACGGGCAGAGCCCGGGGAAGGAGCUGUCGGGUCCUGGUCAUGUCUCUGGGCCGGGUCCCUGCGGGGACGGGGCCCCUUGUGCCAUGGCCCCUGCUGACACCCUGCGCACGGCAGCGGGCGGGGACACGGGCACCAGGGGACCCUGCCACCAUCGGCCUUCCCCUGGCUGCAGCCCCGCUCGGGUCACCCCCCAACUGCUCUUCAUCUCUUGGUGUCUCUGCCUCCUCCCGGCCCCUCCCUGUCCUCCUGGCAGGCCAUGGGGCGCGGGGGGAUCCUGGCUGCCCCAGAAGACCCCGAGGAGCGGCGGGGUGCCCAGGGGGAAGGUGCCCGCCCCUGUCCCCCGGAGUGCCAGGAGCUGGCUGCCGUCCCCACGCCACAAGUCGUAAGCGCCCGAGGUGCACGGGACCGCUGUCCCCACUGCCAUCCCCAUGGCUGUCCCCGUGGCUGUCCCCAGGGUGGUGGCUGGUCCCCUGGGGUGGCCGUGUCCCGUCUCUCCUCCCAUCCCUGCCACCUUUAGGCUGCAUGUGUCUGGCUGCUGCAGCUUGGGGGUUUGUGAGGCUGAGCUGGGUGGUGCCAUCUCGGGCUGGCACUGCCACCACCAGUGUCACCUCCUCCCUUGGUCCCCAGAUAAAGCGUUUCCUGAAGGAGGACUCGGAUGAGGCUGAGCUGACCCAGUUCCUGCGGGAUUGCCCACCAGCCGACAGCUCCAGGAAGGUGGAGGCCCCGGAGAGCCGGCGGGAGCCUGGCCACCCCUUGGGCAGCGUGGCCAGGGUGCCCCCGGACGAAGGCAGCGACGAGAGGGACGCCAGGAUCUUCUCCCGCUCUCGGCCCUCGGAUUUCCAGCAGCACAUCGCUGCCCCCCCGCCCCCCAGCCCCAACCGCCCGCGCAGCCCCUGGGGGCAGCUGGACCCCUACGACUCCUCCGAGGAUGACAAGGAGUACGUGGGCUUUGCCACGCUGCCCAACCAGGUGCACCGCAAGUCGGUGAAGAAGGGCUUCGACUUCACCCUCAUGGUGGCAGGGGAAUCUGGGCUGGGCAAAUCCACCCUGGUCAACAGCCUCUUCCUGACGGACAUGUACAGGGACCGCAAGCUGCUCAACGCCGAAGAGCGCAUCACACAGACAGUGGAGAUCACCAAGCACGUGGUGGACAUCGAGGAGAAGGGGGUCAAGCUGCGCCUGACCAUCGUGGACACGCCAGGCUUUGGGGACGCCGUCAACAACACCGAGUGCUGGAAGCCGGUGGCUGACUACAUCGACCAGCAGUUCGAGCAGUAUUUCCGUGACGAAAGUGGCCUCAACCGGAAAAACAUCCAGGACAACCGAGUGCACUGCUGCAUCUACUUCAUCUCGCCCUUCGGCCACGGGCUCCGGCCCCUGGACGUGGAAUUCAUGAGAGCUCUGCACCAGCGCGUGAACAUCGUGCCCGUGCUGGCCAAGGCUGACACCCUGACCCCCGCCGAGGUGGAGCGCAUGAAGAACAAGAUCCGGGAGGAGAUCGAGCACUACGGCAUCCGCAUCUACCAGUUCCCUGAGUGCGACUCGGACGAGGAUGAGGAGUUCAAGCUGCAGGACCAGGCACUGAAGGAGAGCAUCCCCUUCGCUGUCAUCGGCAGCAACACGGUGGUGGAGGCCAAGGGCCGGCGCGUCCGCGGGCGCCUCUACCCCUGGGGCAUCGUGGAAGUGGAGAACCCGUCCCACUGCGACUUCGUGAAGCUGCGGACGAUGCUGGUGAGGACGCACAUGCAGGACCUGAAGGACGUGACGCGGGAGACGCACUACGAGAAUUACCGCACGCAGUGCAUCCAGAGCAUGACCCGCAUGGUGGUCAAGGAGCGGAACCGCAACAAGCUGACCCGGGAGAGCGGGACAGACUUCCCCAUCCCUGUGAUCCCCCCGGUGCCGGAUGUGGAGACAGAGAAGCUCAUCCGGGAGAAGGAUGAGGAGCUGCGGCGCAUGCAGGAGAUGCUCCAGAAGAUCCAGAAGCAGAUGAAGGACUCGCACUAGCCCAUCCCUCCUCCUCCUCCUCCCCCUCAUCCUCCUCCUGGCCCCGAUCAGAAAUGUUUACAUCACACUCCCCCUGCCCGCCCUGCUGCCAGACUCGGCACCGACACCCACCCACCACCUCACGCUGCGGCAUCGCCUUAUCCCAGCGCCCAGCGCCUGCGGGGCACCAGGGGACACCAGGGACACGAGGGACACGAGGGACACCAGGGGACACGAGGGGACACGAGGGACACGAGGGACAGCGAGGGGACACGAGGGGACAGCGAGGGGACACAAGGGGACACGAGGGACAGCGAGGGACAGUGAGGGCCAGCGAGGGACAGCGAGGGGACACGAGGGACACGAGGGACAGUGAGGGACAGCGAGGGACAGCGAGGGGACACGAGGGGACACGAGGGACAGCGAGGGGACACGAGGGACAGUGAGGGACAGCGAGGGGACACGAGGGGACACGAGGGACAGGAGGGACAGCGAGGGACAGUGAGGGACAGCGAGGAGACACAAGGGGACACGAGGGACAGCGAGGGGACAGGAGGGGACAGCGAGGCACAGAGCACCCAACCCGGGGUCCCCUGCCCUGCUCCCCCUACUCACACCCUGUCCGGUCCACAGGCUUUGGUUUCCUGUUUCUCCACAGCUCUUGGAAGGACCCUGGCCCUGGUCCCCACAGCAUGGCCCUUGUCCCCAUGUCACCCCACGUUCCCUGCUUUAUGCUCAGCUUGGCCCUGGCUUAAGAGAAGAGGAAAGGGGGACGCUGGUGCCAGUCCCCCUACGGCCCCAGCUGCCCUGCUAUCAGGGACAGGGCUGCUUCCCUUGGCUGGCAUGGAGGAGCAGCAGCUCCUGGGGACCACUGGGGACACAGGAGGGACAGUCACCAUCCUGCUCCAUGCCAGCAGCAGUGCAGGGGGACUGAAGCUUGCCAGUGUCCAGCCCUGUGUCCUCAGCCUGUCCCCACUGAGUGACAGCAGGGCUGUGGCAUGGGGACACUGGGGAAUCGAUGACCCCAGGGAAAAUCCCUUGAACCCCAAAUCAGAGGCUGGGCACCCCCAGCCCUCUGUGAUGUUGGCCCUGUAAAGCAAUAACAAGUGUCCUGUGCUCAUGGCACCUCUCACCCCAUGGCAACAGCACCGGCUCUGGCUGGAAUUUUGGCCCCUGCUGCCACUUGCUUGUCUGUGGUGUCCCUGUGUGCCCAGGAUGUCCCUGUCCCUGCUGCUUCUUGGCAGCCCUGUGUAUUCUCCAAGGAUAUCUCCAUCCAUGUUGCUUCCCAGCUAAGCACUGCUGCAUGUCCCCAUGUCCCCUGUGCUGUCCCCGUGUUCCCCCCGUGUCCUGUUGGUGUUGCUGCCCUGCAGAGCACUGCAGCUUGUCCCCCCCAGACUCCCCAUCUGCGUUGCUUUCCCACAGAGCUAUGUUGCAUCCUUGUGUGGGAUGUCCCCAGCCACGUCUCCACCCUGCAGGGCUCUGUGCAGUGUCCCUGUGUCCCCAAGGAUGUCCCCAGCUGUGCUGCUCCCUGCAGAGGCCCACUGUGUCCCCAGGGUGAGCCCUGGCCACCUCUCACAGUGUCCGUGGAGAGAUGGAUCCCAACCCCCUCCUGCGUAUGGGAGAGCACAGGGGAGUGAAAGAUGCAGGACUGGGAGCACUGGGAGCAGUGGGAUCACUGGGAGCAGUGGGAUCACUGGGAUCAGUGGGAUCAUUGGGAGCACUGGGGUCACUGGGAUCAGUGGGAUCAUUGGGAGCACUGGGAUCAGUGGGAUCACUGGGAGCAGUGGGAUCACUGGGAGCAGUGGGAGCAGUAAGAUCAGUGGGAGCAGUGGGAUCACUGGGAGCAGUGGGAUCAUUGGGAGCACUGGGGUCACUGGGAUCAGUGGGAUCAUUGGGAGCACUGGGAUCAGUGGGAUCACUGGGAGCAGUGGGAGCAGUAAGAGCAGUGGGAUCACUGGGAGCAGUAAGAUUAGUGGGAUCACUGGGAGCACUGGGGUCACUGGGAUCAGUGGGAUCAUUGGGAGCAGUGGGAUCACUGGGAGCAGUGGGAGCAGUAAGAUCAGUGGGAUCACUGGGAUCACUGGGAGCAGUAAGAUUAGUGGGAUCACUGGGAGCUCACUGCUGUGGGGAUGUGUCCUGUCCCCAUCAGGGCCCCCGAGUCGGGGUGCCCCAGGUGGGGUGUGGCUGGCGGGGGCUGUGCCCAGCCAGGGCUUGGGGGUGGGGGCUGCAGGGUGCCAGGGCAGCGCCUGGCCUGUGUCCCCGUGUCCCCGUGCCAGCAGGGGGUGCCGUGGCCCCGUGGGCAGGGCCCCCCUCCGGGGCAGGGCCCUGCAGGGAAUACUUAACGCUUUCCUUUUUUUAAUCUCGCUAUUUUCUUACAGAAGCCCCUCCCCUGGCAUGACGGUCCUAGAGGCGUUUAUUAACAGAUCAGAGAGUAUAGGUUUAUAAAUUCUUAUAGAGUAGUGGAAAUAUUUUUAUCCCUCCACAAACAUUCUCAAUAAAUACGGCUGACCCGGCUUGUCUGCAA